AUCUUUACCACCUCUCACCAUUCUCGUCCCUUUUCUCUACCACAAAGUACAAUCCUGGAAGCCAAAUCUUUCUUCUGAUAGUUGAUGUACACAGUGCCUGCUCAAUCAAUUCUAGGACGUUUUUUCUCCAAUCCCGGUGUUCAUGCGGAAAAAUUUUCGGAUGUUCCUACGGGACGACCACGAAUUCAUAUUGUGGAAGGAGAUAGCUCAUCGAAAAGUGUGAGGGGAAUUGAGAGCAUUUACAGUGCUUCCGGUACCCAGCAAACCCUAUACGAUGAUCCUCCACUCUCAGCAUCGCUGCCUCAGUCCUUUCCCUCCAAUUCAGCAGUAUCACCCGCUGCCAUGUUCCUUUCAGGCUUCAGUGCUUCGCCUUCAACGCUUUCACUUCCUGACGAUGAAGGUGAGGCUGUUGCAGACUACAUACUUGGCCCUAUCAUUGGCUAUGGUGGAUUCUCCAUCGUCAGACGUGCAUCCUCCAUUUCCGGUGGAGUGGUCGCCAUUAAAAUUGUGCGUCGCUCCGAUCUUUCUAAGCAGGGAAAUAUCGUCCGUGCUCAAAAACGCCUCGACCACGAGACACGCAUAUGGUCCUCGCUCAACCACGAACAUAUUUUACCUUUGUUCACUUCGAUGCACAAUUCGUACGCCGACUUUUUUGUCACACUCUACUGUCCCGCAGGCUCGCUGUUUGACAUUUUAAAGCGGGAAGGGCGACCAGCAUUGCAGCAGGAUGAUGCUGGGAUGAUGUUCCGACAGCUGGUGAGGGGCACUCGGUAUCUACAUGAGGAUGCGAGGAUAGUUCACUGUGAUAUGAAGCUAGAGAACGUCCUCGUAGAUGAAAGCGGUACAUGCAAGAUCACGGAUUUUGGGAUGGCAAAGGAAAUUGGCGAGGCCAUUGAGGCUGACGAGGAAGAGGAGGAGGAAGAUCGGGAAAAUGCGGGUGGCUUCGUAGAUAUAUCCUAUGGAGUCCAUCGUGCUGCUUCUGUAUCUUAUGCAACUCCACUUGCCAAACUUAGGCUUCCUCUUCAUGAUUCUUCCAUCAGACCUUCAGGACGCGGUCCACGUCAUCGUAACUCGACUACCACGUCGACGCCACACAGUUUGCCAAAAAGAGUCUUUCAACCUGGUUCUCUUCCUUAUGCUGCACCUGAACUCCUUCUUCCGCCCUCUAACUCCGAACCUCGCCUGCCUCAUCCCGCUCAGGACAUGUGGGCUCUAGGUGUCAUGUUAUACACCCUUCUCUCCGGUCGAUUGCCGUUCCUUGAUUCUUUUGAACCCCGGCUUCAGAUGAAAAUUAUGCAUGGGGUUUUUCAAAUGCCUUCCGGAGUCGGGCGUGGUACUGAACGAAUUCUUCAAGGUCUGAUGGACAAGGACGCGGCGACUAGAUGGACUGUAGCUAUGGUGGACGAAGUCGCUUGGGGCGUCGGGUGGGGUGACGAAGGUGACAGUGUUCCUGUCACGGAUGAGGAGUUACGGCAGGAAACGACUGUUUCCUUCAACUCACGUUCACAGUCUCGACCACACGUGUCGCUUUCAUCUACCUCUCCAAUAGCCGAAGUUGAAAGCGAUGUGCCCUGCUCGGCUGUCUCAGAUGCCUCAGCUCGAAGAUCCGCGUCUCGAGCGCAACGUUCUCUCUCUCGAGCACCCGUUUCGGCACGAAGUAGGUCUUUGUCAAAACGCAGUGAGAUAGGUCGUAGACGUUAUCCUUCACCUCCUACAUCUGCUGUCGAGUCCUCGAUCCACAGCGUUCGUUCCUCAUCUACUCACUCUUCGAUAUCGUCAGCGGGUCCUCUAGAGCCUGAUUACGCGCCUCUGCUAUCUCCAUCGCCUCUACGCGGGAUUGAAGAAGAAAAACGGGGUCGUCGCUUGAAGAAAUCCUCUCAUAUAACCUCCAUGUCGAGGUCCCCCAGUCCCAGUGUCCUUCCGUCUACACCGAGUGAUGUGAAUCCACCCCGGUUCAUCUCCCCUCCGCCCCUCGAAGAGCGAGCGGAGGGAUCGAGAGCUAGCACAAGUAGUAUUCCUAGAGGACGACUGAGAUUUCCUCGUAUCGCUCCUUCUCAUCAGUCGAAGUCUGGUACGCACACCCCUUUGGAACAACGCACUACGCCAGACGUCUUCUCUGCCGAAGACGAGCCAGAGUGGCAUAUUUCUUCUGUUGAAGAUGGACUGUUACAAGCCAACGAGAUGGCUGCUAGUAUGGCCAUGGAUCAAGACUAUUUGACAUCUUCAGAGUCUUAUUUCCAGAGGAACAUAUCUCCGCCGCCUAUCCAAUCUGAAUCUCGCCCACUCUUUCACCAUCGUCCAGGUAGCAUCAUUCAGACAAAGAGUGAAGGCCACAGACGAAGUACUUUUGCCGACCUCGCUCUUGAAACAUCAGUUAUCGAGGUUCCCGAGAAUGUUGCUGAUCGCGAGCCUCGCAGAGGACAUGUCAGUUCUUCAUUGGAGCGCUCUCACCACACUUCACACCAUCAUUUCCAUCAUCCAUACAAUCUCAAGAAACAGAUGCGUGCAGGGAGUACUCCUCCCGCACCUUUGUCUUCUCUGUUAGAUGACGGACAUACCAGCACACUACGUUUUUCGGAGCAUAAGAGUCACUCACACUCUGCUUCGCAUACUCCGUUUUCGGUUUAUUCCCACUCGCAUUCUAGCUCAAGGACGUCUUUUGGACUGCUGGCUUCCGAACAAACGGGGCCUAUCCGUGCAAUGCCUGUCAGUGCGAUGGUCACACCCGUGGUCGUCACCGGCGUAAAUGUGACUUCGGCAGCUGAAGACGUCUAAACAUAUUAACCCAUCUUUUCAAAAAGUAACUUGCUCUAGUAUAAAUUAUUCUUUUUCUCUAUCUAUCUUUUUCCUUUGUGUGUGUACGUCCUAAUUCGCUGUUGUGUCCGAUUCCUGGGACCUGCGCUGCCUGCUCCUUUCCGACUCCCAAUUCGGUUGUAAGCAUCUAUCAUUUUUUGGAUACCUCACCUCAAUUUUGCCUCAUUUGUAUGUCUCUUUUUUCAUGUACCUUCAAGUACGCUGCCAUGCAUACAUAAUUGUGCAUAGUAUUCUAUGAUCCUUGUAACCUCAUGUAGCAAUAAAGUUCACGAUCUUGACC